GAUCAUAGCGCGUUAAGCGUCUCGUUCUUGGAUCAACUUCCAUCAAAAAUACGUUUAUCUUAGUUUGGUGUUUAACUAUUUAGGCUGAAUCUUCACGAUGACGCAACGUGCUACAUGCGUUGUCCGCCCGGGGUUCAUGUUUGUAUUUCUCUGUUUUUUGGCCACAAUAAUGUCGGUGUCUUCCGUCACUCAUUACUCUGUCCCUGAAGAAAUGGAGGACGGAUCUGUCGUGGCGAAUUUGGCAGCAGAUUUGGGAUUAGAGGUUAAAACUUUGAAGACGAGGAAGAUGCGCGUGGAUGUUGUGGCCAACAAGAAAUAUCUGGACAUCAACAAAGACACCGGUGAGCUUUUUAUUGCAGAAAGGAUUGACAGAGAGCUGUUAUGCCCGACAAAAACGACAACAUACUGCUUCCUUAAAUUAGACGCUACAAUAGAAAAUCCAAUCCGGAUGUUUAACAUAGAAGUAGAGAUAACAGAUAUAAAUGACAACGCUCCACAUUUCAGACGAGGAACGAUGCAUUUGGACAUCUCAGAGUCAAGCCCCGUGGGGGAGAGGUUCUCCCUGAAUAACGCAGCGGAUCCAGAUGUCGGAGCCAAUUCUGUAAAAGAUUACUACCUGAGUGCAAGUGAUCAUUUUGCGCUUGAAAUUCAGACCGGAAGAGAUGGAUCAAAGUUCGCAGAUUUGGUUCUGCAAAAAGCUCUGGACAGAGAGCAGCAGGCUGUUCAUAAUCUAAUUCUCACCGCUGUGGAUGGCGGAGUGCCCACGCGCACAGGUACAGCCAGCAUCAUUGUGCGCGUGCUCGAUGUGAACGACAACGCCCCUUCAUUUGACAAAGACAAAUACGUUGUAGAUGUGAUGGAGAACUCUCCUAUUGGUAGCUUAGUGAUGAAACUGAACGCUACAGAUUUAGAUGAAGGGUCCAACUCUGAUGUUGUUUAUUCUUACAGUUUGUACACAUCAGAGAGAACCCAGGAGAUGUUUCAGCUGAAUCCAGAAAAUGGUGAAAUCAGAGUGAAAGAAAUGAUCAAUUAUGAAGAUUUGAAACUGUAUGAGCUGGAGGUGAUAGCCAGUGACAAGGGACACAAUUCAUUAUCUGAGCAGUGCAGAGUGACAAUCCAGGUGACUGAUAUGAACGAUAAUCAUCCAGAAAUAUCUAUUAAAUCCUUCCAGAGUCCAGUGAGUGAAAACAUCAAGUUAGACACGGUGAUAGCUGUAGUUAGUGUGAGUGAUAAAGACUCAGGGGACAAUGGACUGGUUGAUCUUCAUAUUCCAGACAACAUGCCUUUCAAACUGAGGGAGUCCUCUGAUAAUUAUUAUGAGUUAGUGGUGUCAGAGCCAUUAGACCGAGAGAAGGUCCCAGAGUAUGACAUCACUUUCACUGUGACAGACAGAGGUUCUCCUCCUUUAUCUGACAAUGAAACAAUAACUUUAGAGCUGCUGGAUGUUAAUGACAAUGUUCCCCAGUUCCCCCAGUCUUUUUAUACCAUACGUGUGAUGGAGAAUAACGCCCCCGGGGCCUUGCUCAGCUCCCUCACUGCCUUUGACCCUGACCUCCAUGAGAACCAGUAUCUAGUGUAUUUCAUCCUGGAGAAGGAGAUCGCCAACACCUCCAUGUCCAUGCUGUUCUCCAUCAACCCAGAGAACGGGAACCUUUAUGCACUGAAGACCUUUGACUAUGAGAUAGAGAAGGACUUUGUUUUCCACAUCGAGGCCAGAGACUCUGGUUCUCCUCCUCUCAGCAGUAACGUGACCGUCCACAUCAUCAUUGUGGACCAAAAUGACAACGCUCCAUCUAUCGUGUCUCCGUGGUGUGAGCGUGGCUCGGUGGUGGAGGAGAAGAUCCCCAGAUCCACUGACAAAGGCUCUCUGGUUGCCAAGGUGAUAGCCUUGGACAAGGACUCUGUGCACAACUCUCGGAUCACCUACCAGUUCCUGCAGCUGGCUGACGCCUCCUUGUUCAGUCUGGACCAGUACAACGGAGAGAUCCGGACCAUGAGGAUGUUCAGUUACAAAGACCCGCGCCACCACAGGCUGGUUGUUGUUGCCAAGGACAACGGGGAGCCCGCUCUGUCUGCUACAGUCACCAUCAAGCUGCUGACAGUGGAGACUGCUGUGAAGGCCUACUCUGACAUGACUGAGAUGUCUCUGGAAUACGACAUCUUCUCAGACAUCAACCUGUAUUUGGUGAUCGGUCUGGGCUCGGUGUCCUUUCUGCUGCUGAUCACCAUACUGGUGACCAUCGUGCUGAAGUGUCAGAAGGUGAAACCCAGCAAAUCGGCUCCUCCCAGCAGGAACAGCGUGAUCAGUGAGAGGAACUCCACCAUCGCAGACUCCACUCUGGUGUCCAACGAUGCCUACUGGUACAGUCUGUUUCUAGCAGAGACCAGGAAAGGAAAGCUGGUGGUCAGACAGCCUGUGCCAAAGGGCUCCAGAUACAUCGUGUCCAGCAUCCCCAGAGGGACAGGACUGUCAGAGACCAGCGACUCAGCAGCUUCCACUCUGCAGUAUCCUAAAUGAGGACAGUCCACCCAGCAGCUGGAGGCAUCCACUGCGAGCAGCAGCAGCAGCAGCAGUUCCAAGUAAGACCUUCCCUCCAGCCAUGGACAGAUAACAGGAAAACCUUCAUGUAAAGAAGGAGGACGUCCCCAUCGAUAUGCAGUCUCCUACAUCAGUCCAUGUGGUUCCCGCUCCUCUCUCAUGCAAAAUGGCGUCAAUUCUAAAGACACACCUCUGCACCCGAAAGCAAAUCAGCAACGCCUUCAUGUUUAUUCGUUAUGCAUGAUUAGACUGCAUGGCUCCAACUACACUUCAGGACUGCUUUUUAAAACCAACACAUUCUCACACCCAAAGCAGCUAAAACUGACUAUUGGUGACCAAGUGUUUGUUUCCGACGCAUCGGGAGGCACCGCAUGGUACCAGAGCGUCGGUUUCCGAAGCCCCCGGGAAAACGCACGUUUCACCGACAUUUAACCUCUAACCUCUUGCUGUUUAACCUUCCCCUCACCCCAUCCUAACCAUAACCCAGUUUCUCCUUCUAAAUGUCUCGUUAGCUGUGUUUGAGAGGGACAGUACAACUAGAAACAACGUUUUGCAUGUGCAAGUGGGUUAAGGUUAGGAUGGGGUGAGGGGAAGGUUAAAUAGCAAGAGGGUAAAGGUCACAAUUCAGUGAAAUCUCCUUUAUCGUGGGCGUCAGAAAGUGAUGCCCUGGCACAGCGCGUCACCUCCCGACGCGUUGGAGAAAACAAACGCCUGGUUGCCCAUCGUCAGUUUCAGUCUCUUCAGGUGUGAGAAUGUGUUGUUAAAAUAGCUAAAUGUUCGUCUGGCUCAUCAAUGAGAGGACUGUAACAAUAUCCACCCUCAUGUUUGUGAAUGAUCCAGAGCGUGGACUCCAUGAGUGGAGGUGGGAUUGGCGAAUCACCUUAGAGGAACUGGUUUCCGUCUUGCAAAAUGAACAUUUGUUAAAAGUACAUUUUAAAAUCCUGUGCACUUGUUCCAGUGUUAAUGUGGAAGUUAAGCAACAUGCAAAUUGAUUUAUUUACAUCACAUAAGAAGCACAAACUUUGAAUUUUAAAAGAAAUUCAAAGAAAGUCAGUAUUUUAUAGUUGUUACCUUUUGACCUUUUAACUGCUUUUUCACUUGACUUUAACUGAGCUAGGCCUAAGACACACAAAAUGAGUGCCGACUACAUCAAACUUACAAACACAUACAGGUGAGGCCUUUAGCCAUCAUGCCUUUUAUUUGUUUCUGCAUGGAAACCACUAGAUAUGUUAUGAUACUGCACAUACCAACAAUAAUAAAACCAGUAUUUUAGUGGGACCAAAAAUUAUUUUGUGUAUUGUUCAGAUGUUCUUUUUCCUCCUUUAGCUUUGAGCAGUAGGCUGGCUGUUUAUUGCAAGGUUGUCAGAACUGUUUGAGAAGGGGCCCAAAAUUGUCAAAAUACAUGAACCGUAAAUCUGCAUCAACAGCCUGACGGAGAGAUGGUUCCAGAAUAUUCUAAAUGCAAUCGGGAGCCAAUCAAAAUCACUCUGAGGACCGCAAAUGGCUGCUGAGCUGCACGCUAUCUGGUUUAGUGGGUUUCAUAAAGUUUACUGAUGGUUUGGACUACCACUGUAUUUGAUUGUUUUGUUUACUUAAACAACUAAAGGAGUACAAAGAGAUUAAAAUAAGUACAGCCCCUUUAAACUUGAAUUUAACUAGAGAGCCCUUAUGUGUUCACAGCAAACCUGUAUGUACAUCAGAAAAACAAAUAUGCACAUGAACUUUUUAAAGUUCUGAUCCAAGCUCUGGGUUUGGGGCACAAAAACAGAUGUAACAUUUCCUUGUUACUUUACCAACAGUCUGUAUCUCUGGUUGACUUUACCCAAUGGAAUCUGAUCUCAUGUUUAUUACUGACUAUCGUGUGUGUCUGUAUAUCCAAGAAGUGAAACUGAAAUACAGCUGAUGUAUAUAAUUCAUCAUAUGCCUUUUUUAUUUCCAGUAUGAGUGCUACAGCACGUCUUUAAUGUGAACAAAUCUAUGUGCCAUCAGAUUCAAUGGUCAGCUUAAAUAAGGCAACCAGAAGUCAUGCAUCGAGCUGCUUAUUAGCGAAGCACAGAUUGUUUCUUGUACAAAGUUUUAAUGUUACAGCCAAACAUGAACAGUAAGUGCUUUUGUACAGUGGCUCUAUUAUAGUGCAGUCUGUUGUGUAAUGUGUGCUUAUUGUAUGCUACGGUUCGAUCUGUGCGAGUUAUUAAAACAAACUUCUCACUA